AUGGACUACGUUACACACCUUUCAAGAGAGGACCCUUCAAUCGCAACCACCUCAAAGUACAAUUUAAAAUACACCUACCCAGUCAAAUACUACGAUUUCCACAUUUACUAUUUCGCCCAUCAGAAACAUUCAGUGGAGGAAUCAGACGCCUUGCGAGCUAAACUUCUUGCCGAUUUCCCCGAAGAUGCCGCUGAUGGUUCCAUUUUGGUCAAGAAAUUACCCAAUGAUAAAGUAAUUGGUCCGCAUCCCGCUCAAUUCUGGGAGGCGGAUGUAUUGAGGCCCGAGGUUUUUGUUAAGGUGUUGAGCUGGUUUCAAUUGCAUCAUGGUAACUUGCUGGUAUUGAUUCAUCCUCAAACUGGUGAUGAUUUGAAAGACCACACUCAACGUGCGUUGUGGCUAGGCGAAAAAUUGCCACUUUUUAAUGUCUUUGGGCCUAAUGAAGGUGUCAUACCUGAAUUCGGGGUCAAAGGAGGGAAAGCCAUCAAAGUGGAUGAUUUUGAUGACCAUAAAACUGUGUUGUGA